UCCGCCCGUGUCUGGCCGCUGUUGCUCUCCGUCAUCAGCGCGGAGCUCCAUUGGUUCAGGCGCACGUCAGUCUGAAGUGAUACAAGUGCGGAGCCGCUACAAACUCCAGCUCCAUCAGUGAAGAGAGAGCAAAGCAGGACGGGAGGAGAAUGCUGCGGGUGUCCAGCGCGCGCUCCGGCUGAGCGGCUCAGACUGAUCGAUAAGCAGCGGAAGGAGGACACUGCUGAUAAACACCACGUGCAUCUUGCGACCGAGCGCACAUCUGAGUUCUCCGUGGUGUGCCAGCCCUCUGUGGUCUCUCCAUGCCUCCUUCUCCUCUAGACGACAGAAUUGUGGUGGCGCUGCCAAGGCCUAUACGACCUCAGGAACUCCGACUCCGCCUGGACACCAGCUACCUGGAAGCCACCGUGGGCACCGUCGGUCAGUCGACGGUCAUCAGCAGCACCACCGUGGUGAAGAUCCAGGCGUAUAUGCCCUCGUCCAGCGGCUCCACGCGCUCGCUGACGUGUGGAUGCAGCAGUGCCAGCUGUUGCACGGUGAGCACCUAUGAGAAGGACGGCCAGGUCAGCGCCAGCAGCCCAAACCUGACCUCCGGAGUGGGCUAUGGGGUCCCGACGGAGGCCAGUCUCACCUCCAGCCUGAGCAGGGGCGGCAUGCGGGUCAUCCACCCCAACGAGCUGGCCAAGAAGCUGACGCAUUGCCCCUUGGGCCACCCGGUGGGGUCGGUCCCCGUCAUCAUCGACUGCCGGCCCUUCAUGGAGUUUAACAAGAGCCACAUCCGAGGCGCCGUGCACAUCAACUGCUCGGACAAGAUCAGCCGGCGACGGCUCCAGCAGGGAAAGAUCACCGUCCUGGACCUCAUCUCCUGCCGCCAGAGCAAGGACUCCUUUAAAGGGAUUUUUUCCAAAGAGCUGGUGGUGUACGACGAAAGCACGGUGGACCCGGGCCGCUUGACGCCGUCUCAGCCUCUUCAGGUGGUUCUGGAGUCGCUCCGGAGGGAAGGAAAGGACCCCAUCGUUCUUAAAGGAGGCCUCGCUGGUUUCCGACAGAGCCAUGAUGAUCUGUGCGAGCACUCUCUUUAUCUGGAGGAAGGACAGGACGGCAGUACCGCGGUGGGCCUGUCGGGGGCGCUACCUCAUUCCCUGCCCUCCACGCCGGACAUCGAGAACGCAGAGCUGACGCCCAUCCUCCCCUUCCUCUUCCUGGGCAACGAACGGGACGCUCAGGACCUGGAGCUCAUGCAGCGGAUGGACAUGGGCUUCAUCCUGAACGUCACCACGCACCUGCCGCUCUAUCACUACGAGCUCGGCCUGUUCAAGUACAAGCGCUUACCCGCCAGCGACAGCAACAAACAGAACCUGCGGCAGUACUUCGAGGAGGCCUUCGAGUUCAUCGAAGAGGCUCACCGGGCCGGCCGCGGCCUCCUCAUUCACUGUCAGGCCGGCGUGUCUCGCUCCGCCACCAUCGUCAUCGCAUACCUGAUGAAACACACCUGGAUGACCAUGACAGACGCAUACAAGUUCGUCAAGUCCCGGCGGCCCAUCAUCUCGCCCAACCUUAACUUCAUGGGCCAGCUUUUAGAGUUCGAGGAAGACCUGAACAACGGCAUCACUCCGCGUAUACUCACCCCCAAACUCUCCGGCCUCGAGACCGUCGUAUAGCGGCUCCUUUCUUGAGGAAUAUCCUUGAUUUUUUGGAUGAGGUGUGCAUGAGGAGCCCAGCUGAACACAUACGACUGCUCCUGGCCGCUGGUGCUGGCUAAAGCCCCCAGAGGAGGCUGGAUUCCACUCGUUUCACUCUACUUACUCUAUUUUUAUACACCUACGGUGGCUUCACUGUGCAAUAACGUCUGUGUGGAAAGCAGUCGGGUGCGUGAUGUGUACAUAACGAGAGCCAGACUUUCGGUCCACCUGGUUAGUCACGUCAUUUUGUGUUUUUCUUACGUUUAGGCACUGAUUUAUAACAUUUCAAACCAGCUUUGUGCACUACCAGACAAACGGUUUUGAACAGUAAGAUUUUUAAUGUUUUUAAAGAAGUCUCUUCUGCUACCCAAGCCUGCAAGAGCUGUAAAAUUGUGAAAUAUUUUUACGAAUUGAAAUUACUGGUUUCUAUUUGAAUGUGUUUUAAACUGUAAUUUAUUUCUGUGAUGCACAGCCGUAUUUACAGCAUCAUUCCUCCAGUCUUCAGUGUCUCAUCCUUCAGAAAUCAGAAUAAUAUACUGAUUUGCUGCAAAAAAAAACCCUAAAAACAUUUAUUAUUAUUAUACAGCUGAGUAGGAUUUUUUUUUAGGUUUCUUUGAUGAAUAGAAAUUUCAGAAGAGCAUCAUUUAUCUGAAAUAGAUAUCUUUGUAACAUUAUAAACUACUUUUGAUCAAUUCAAAGCAUCUUUGCAACAUAAAAGUAUACAUUUUUAUAGUCCCCCCGCCCCAAAAAUAUAUAUAUAUGUAUAUAAAUCUAUGGUAUAAUGAGUGUAUAAUGUUACAAAAGCUUUUUAUUUCAGAAGAAAGCUGAUCUUUGUAUUUUUAUUUUCACCACAGAAUCCUAAAAACAGCAUAAUGGAAUGAUUUCUGAAGGAUCUGGAGGAAUGAUGCUUUUUGAUCAUAAAAAUAAAUUGCAUUUUAAAAAUAUAUUAAAACUGAAAGCAGUCAUUUAAAACAGUUUUUUUUCUCUUUUUUUACAGUAUUACUGCUUUUUUCUGUAUUUUGGAUCAAAUAGAUGCAGGCUUGGUGUGCAGAAGAGAAAUCAUAAAAAACAUUUAGUUUUUGACUGGUAGUGUAUGUGUUGAGUUUAGUCUUUAGUAUCGCUGAUAAUCAGAACAAACCUCAUUUGAAUGUCCUUUAAAAAUAACCGAUUGCAUGAUUACGACAAGAAGAAAACGAAACUAUAUUACUAUUAUAUUAUCAUUCAAAUCAAUUGCUUGAGAAUUAACCAGCUGUUUUAUUGGUUUGCAUUGACUGUGUUCAGAUCAGUUUGGUCUGUUUCUGCUUCUGUAAGUGUGUGUGGGUGUGUGUGUGUGUGUGUGUGUGUGUGUGAAUGGGAUGGUAUCUAACGUAUAUUACGCUUGUAUGUUUUUGUGCUUCGGUUUAACUCUCUCAUGACCUCAGACGAUCCAGAAAGAUGGAUGGAUGCUUGAGAAGUUCAGCUUUUCGUGCACACGGAAGAAUCGUGCCUCUAUUGGUGCCUUAACUCAUUUUUAUUUUAUUUUUUUGAGUGUGUGAAAAGGUAACGGCUUUAAACCGGAGCACGAGGUGUUUCUAUGUGUUUUUAUCGUGGUUAUGUGUCGUUUUAAAUCACACGGUAUGUUCUUUUGUCUCGUCACAGAACUGAAACGCUGUGAAAUAUCAAAACUCUGGGCUCGUCUAUAUGUUGAAAUGCAAAGUGUACAAGAGGACGGUUUAUUACUCUUCACCUGGACUUUUUCUAAAGUUUUUCAGCUUCACACAAACCUCCUGCACCUUGGCCGUGCGGUUUUGAAAACUUGUGUAUUACUGCUUUUGUUAAGCUAAAAGAAGUAGUGCUCUUAGAAAAACUUCUAGAAAUUUACCUUGAAUGGUUUCAGUCAAAUUGUAUCCCUCUAUUUGUCAUUUAUAUAUAUAUAUAAGUAUUGAAAAUUUGACAAAGCAAGCAAGUGACUUAAACGAGUUAAAAGAGAUGAUAAAAUCACACUUUAUUAUUCUGACUUGCUACUGAUCAGACCAAUAGAAAUGAUUAAAAAUGAUAAUAUUGAAAGCAGUAGAUCAGACACUGUGCCGAUUUCAGAAAACAACUUACUUGUUCACUUCUUCUUUCUUCGUUUUUAUUGCAGCUUCAACAUGUGUAAGCUUUUUUAAUUUUUUGCAGGAAUUUUGACUUUUUCUAACAUUUCUAAUGAAACAAGUCACAAUUUCAACACAUAAACUCAGAACUGCAAGAAAGGAAGCUACAAUUGGUGUUUUUUUAAUUCUCUGAUGAGUUGAGAGUUUAUAUCUUUUAAUUUCAAGAUAUCUGUCAUCUUUUUCUCAGAAUACAUUAGUCACAGUUACCUUUUUAAAACUUUUUAUUCAAUAGUGGAAUAAAGAAAAAACAGAAACUAAACUCAGAAUUCUGGGGAUUUUAAAAUUAUGAGGGAAACGUUUCUGAGGACUUUUUUUUUCUUGCAAAUCUUUGUGCUUUUUGUGUGAGAGAAUUACCUUUAGUUCUGUGGCAAAAAGAAAAAAACAACUAUGAGAAAAAAGUUUUAGAGUUAAUAUCUUGCAAUUGACUUUUUUUCUUAGAAUUGUGAGUUCAUAUCUGUUUUUUUUCUCAGAAUUGUAAGAAAAAAUCUCAGAAAAUAAUAAUUAUCUCAACUCUUUUCUUGUAAUAUAUCUUGCAAUUCUGAUCUUUUUUUCCUAUAAAACUGAGAAAAAGUUAGACUUGUAAGGUAAAAGUCACCGUUAACUUUUUAUUACCAAGGAACAGAACUGAGAAAUUGAGUUUAUAGCUUCUUUUUUCUCAGAAUUGCUAGAAAGAAAGUUUAUCUGAAUUGUGAGAUUAACAGUUGUUUUGUUAUUUUAUUUCCGUGGCAGAAACGGCAUCCCUAUCUAUAUCAUUAAAUGAAAAUGUUGGGUGAUAAAAACUGAAUGCAAAGCACAUUUUGAAUCCUGUAAAUUUACCGCGAUAUGCUAAAGGUGCAUGUUCUGUUCCAUUCAUUUUCAGCUGAUGCAAAGUGUAAUAUUAUUUUCAAACGCUGGUCUAAUGUCACUUUUGUCACACUGUGCUUGUAACACCUGAAUCUGUCUUUCAAGGAUUUCAAGGGCAAAAACUCUCUACUCUCGGUAGACAUUCGCUAAUGGAUUUCUAUGCAUUGUUUAUAUUUUUGCACUGACUUGGAAAAAAAAAAAGCGUUACAUUUUUUUAUUAUUAUUUUCCCACAAAGGUGCUACGAUGCUGGAGGCCUUCCACACUGUUUCUGCAUGAGCUGCUUUGGUAAAGUGUCUUCCUGUAAGCCAAGAGCUCUCUCUAAAUGUCAGAGUUCACAACACUGUUAUUUUGUAAUGUGGGGUUUGGAAAUAAACCACAAAAAUGA